UAAAAAAUGAAAUGGGAUAGUGUUUAAAAAUAUUUAUAUUUUAUUUACAAUUAUAUUAACAUGAAAAAGAAAAUUAAUUUAUUAUAAAUAAUCAUAAAUAGUGAUAAAGUAAUAAAAUAUAAAAUUUACAUAAUCAUUACAUCAUUUGAAUUAAAGGUUAUACUCUUUUUAAAUUCUACAUAUACAUUUAUUGUAAAUAGAUAUUUUAAAUCAUGAAGGAAAUUCUAUUAUCAAAUUGUGAAAAAAAUUUUGUAAAUAAAUCAGUUGAACAAGGAAUACGAUUAGAUGGUAGAAGUUUAUUAGAAGCACGACCUGUUAAAAUUUAUUUUGCAUCUAAUUGGGGUAGCUGUAUGGUUUUGCUUGGUCAAACGAGAGUUAUAGCACAAGUAACUUGUGAUAUUCAACAACCAAAGACUUCUCGUCCUAAUGAAGGAAUGUUACAUAUAAAUGUUGAACUUAAUCCAAUGGCUGCACAACAUUUUGAUAGUGGUAGACAAUCUGAAAUUUCAAUAUUAAUUAGCAGACAACUUGAAAAAUGUUAUCAAGAUUCCAAAUGUAUAGAUCUAGAAUCUUUGUGUAUUAUAGCUGAUAAAAAGGUAUGGAAUUUGAGAGUUGAUAUUAAUGUUAUUAAUCAUGAUGGAAAUUUAAUUGAUUGUGCUUCCAUUGCAACAUUAGCUGCUCUUUCACAUUUUCAUAGACCUGAUGUAACUUCAAAUGGUGAAGAUAUUAUUGUUCAUCCAUUUUCUGAAAAGGAUCCUUUACCUUUAACAUUAUAUCAUUAUCCUGUAUGCGUCUCUUUUAUAACAUUUGAAAGUGGAAAUACAGUUAUGGAUCCAACAUAUCUAGAAGAAAGAAUUGGAGUAGCUCAACUUACUCUUGGUAUAAAUUCAUAUAGAGAACUUUGUAGUUUACAUUUUAAUUAUUUAACAAAAACUAUGACUGUAGAAGAUGUAAUAUCAGCAGUUUCUAGUUAUGCAACAAAUUAUGCUGUUCAAUUAGUGCAGCAGAUUAAAGAAACAGUUUUUAGUGAUAUAAAUGCAAGGUAUAAAAAAGAUAAUCAAAAUACAAAUCGUUUUAAAGAAUGUAUAACAACUAAAAAAUUGACUACAAUGAAUAGAGAAUGUAUUAGUAUCAAAUUACGCAAAUGGGAUGAAAUAGAAAAAUUGGAAUCUGUUAACAUGGAAAAAGAAGUUACUGAGAAUUGUACAAUUUUAAAACCUGGAGAAGGUUCUGCUGAAUUAAUAACAGAUACAAGUGCAUCAUUUGGUGAAGGUGGACCUAAUACAUGGAAUGUAUCUGAAUCUUCAGAAGAAGAAGUAAGUGAUAUUGAAAUCACUGAUGAAAUAAAAAAAGAAGAAAAAGAAGAAAAUAAAAUUAUAGACAAUAUAGAAAUAAAUGAAAGUAGUGAAGAAGAAACUACUGAAAUGUUAAAUAAAGAAGAUUUAAUGCAAUGACUGAAAAAAUAAUAUAUAAAAAUAUAAUAUACAUUUUUAUUAAAUAAUAAAAGACUUCUUUUUCAGUAAAUGUAGUCAAAGUUUUAUAUCAUUACAAAUUUUUAUUAUUUGUCUUCAAAUGAAUUU